AUGGAGUUUUAUGUGUUAGUUUUAAAAACAGUUUUUAUUGUAAUCGCUGCUGAGCCCUCUUGGGAAAAGACACCUAGUGAUUAUGUUGCGGAGUACGGUGACUACUUUGAGGGUGAUAUGGUCUUAACAGAGGCGCAACGUAAAGAGAUUGAAGCUGCGAUAAUGUAUGACUAUGACAACGGAGACAAUACACCUAAAAACGGUUUGGUCGAUGCUGCUAAACUCUGGCCAAAUAAUAUUGUUGUGUAUGAUCUCUAUGAAAAUGAUUUCAGUAAAAAAACCAAUUUCGCUAAGUACACCAAUGACACUGUAACAAAUUUUGGAGUUCCAUAUGAUUAUAGCAGUUUGAUGCAUUACGAUGAGAAAGCAUUCUCCAAGAACGGACAAAAAACCAUAAUUCCAAAAAAGGAAGGUGCAAAGAUCGGUCAAAGAGAAGGUUUAUCUGAAGGAGAUAUCAUAAAGUUGAACAGAAUGUACAAGUGUACAAGAGAAGAAACGACUACGGCAAAAGCACCUAUAUUUAAUUGGGAUUUCUUGGAUAAGUUACCUAAACCCUAG